AUGGUUAGACCUCUUAUGUUCAAACUAAUUGAAAAACAUUUAAAAAUAAAAGAAAAUGAUGAUGGAAUCAGCUUAAAAUUUAAACAAACUGUAAUUGAACAACUUACUGAACGUUUUAAAUUAAAUGAACACGUAAUAUCACCAAGUGUCAUAUCUGUAAGACACGUUGCCCCAUUUUUUGAUCCUAGGUACAAAAAUUUGGAAUAUGAAACAAUCGAAGUUAGAGAAAAUAUUCUAGAAAAAGUCAAAAAAUUAAUUGAUGAUAUUAUUUUUCAAUUUAAUGACAACGGUACACAAAUGUCACAAACUGAUCAAUCUGCAACCAAAAAGACUACUAGUGGACUCGAAUUUUUAUAUGGUCAGGAAGAAAAUAAUAUAAAUGAUGCAUCGGCGCAGUAUCAGAAUUAUUUAGGAGAGCCACUACUCAGAUAUGAUUUAUGCCCACUUGAAUGGUGGAAAUCUCAUGAAAAGAAAUAUCCAUUAAUCGCUCAAAUAGCAAAAAAAUAUUUAUGUAUACCAGCAACGUCGGUUAGCUCGGAACGUUGUUUCUCUACUGCUGGAAAUGUCGUCACACCUAAAAGAAGCUGCUUAUCAACAGAAAAUGUUAACUUAUUAGUAUUUUUGUACCAAAACCGUCAAUUAUUGUAG